GCCAAAUCCAUCCUCCUUCCCUUUUACCGCCGCCGCCAACGCUCCCCCGCCUCUCCUCCGACGCUUCCACCUCUCUCCACGGAGCCGGACUCCCUUGCCGCUCUCUAUCCCGCUCUCUGACUCUACCCUUCAAACACCCUUCUGGUAGCCAUUUUAGGGUUACGACUUCUGAUUUGUGUAAAGCGCUUCAGCUCCUGUCUAAAUGGGCUUCUUCAUUGCCACUGCCCACCUCGUCGUCAUCCGUCGAUCCAAAACUAGCUUCUCUAGCUAUCUACCUGUCCAAAUCCGUAACCAUGGCCUCGUUUCGAGGUCUUGAUCGAUGAGUUAGGAUGUCUAGUUGCCGUUGUCCAUUCGUUCCCAAAUAUGGAGCUUGAUGCUCAAACAUAUCCGAGUUCCAAAAAUGAGGAUGUUCUCCCUCCCUCUUCACUCGUCUUUGGAAUGGGCAGGAGAGAGUGAGAGAGGCAUGCGAGGGUCUUAGAAUUGGGAGCAGGGAAGUUUGUGAAGAGAAAAUCAUUAUCCUCUUUGUUUUUUUAUUAUUAUUAUUAUGAGAAAAUAAAAUAAAAGUUAAAAUUCAAAAAAUACAAUUUUUUAUACCUUGCUUGAUGACGUGGCAAGUGAGUUGACCAUUGACUAACGGUCAACGAAGUUAACUGUCCAAUUUGACGGUCAAACUCGACUCUGGGCCAAGUUAGGAAGUAUGGUACAUAGUUCAGGUCAGGAUAACAAUUUCGUAGAAUUCAAAAUUUAGAAUUGAAAAUGAAUUCUUUUAUAUACCAAACACAAAAUAAAUUCAUUACAAAAUAAAUUUCUAAAAACUUAUGAAAUUCAUUUAUAUCAAACCGGUAACAUGAUUUCCAAUUUAGUGGCAAAAUGAUCCUUUCAUUUGUAAGUGUAAUUCGGCUAUUUAGUUUUGAGAACUUUUUUUUUAGAACAUUGGUCGACUAGUUACUAAUUACUAGUAUGUUUGGUUGCUCAACUCUUUAGUAUGCUUUUUCCUUAUUGUUAUUGGAUGUAUACGUUAAAAAAAAAAAGUGAAUUGACAGACAGACGCCAUAUGCUUAGCUUCCUUUCAUGUCGCCGUGUUCUCGAAGCACUGAAAGCCUGAAACCCCAGUCUCUUUUUGGGAAAUAACAGAAGCAAUGAACCCUUACGACCCUAGAUACUCCGACCCGGAAUCCUACCGUCAUCGUCGCAGUGACUUGAUCGGACCUCCGGUAAUGGCUGGUGGCGCCUAUCCGCGCGGUGGAGCGGUGCCUUAUGGUGGGCAUACGCAAUCGAUGCCAUUUGCAGCGGGAGGAAACGGUCCUGUUUUUUCCGAUGGAUAUCCACCUUUCAAUCCGCCUGCGGGCAGGUUCGAUAUCGGGCGCGGAGGAGGUGGCAGAAGGGGAUAUGGUGGUGCCGGUAUCAUGGAUAGGAGGUUUGAUGGUGGUCGUGGAAGGGGCCGUGACGGUGGAGGCCGUGGUGGUGGCCGGGGAUUUGAUGGAGGCCGUGGUGGUGGAAGGGGAGGUAGGUAUGGCGGUGGGUCUUCGAGAGGCGAUUUAGAUAACAUUGCCCUGCCGAACCAGGAAUUUGGAAAUUUGGUUCCUUUCGAGAAGAACUUCUACAUUGAGUGCCCUGCAGUUCGAGCUAUGUCAGAGCAGGACGUAAUGAUGUAUCGUUCGAGAAGAGACAUUACGGUCGAAGGGCAUGACGUGCCUAAGCCCAUUCGGAUGUUUCAGGACGCCAACUUCCCAGACUACUGCUUAGACGUGAUUGCUAAGUUGGGUUUUGUUGAGCCAACACCAAUUCAGGCUCAAGGCUGGCCCAUGGCUCUAAAGGGUAGGGAUCUGAUUGGUAUUGCUGAGACAGGUUCCGGGAAGACCCUAGCCUACCUGUUACCUGCGUUGGUUCAUGUUGGUGCACAGCCUAGAUUGGCCCAAGGUGAAGGUCCAAUCGUGUUGGUGCUUGCUCCUACACGAGAAUUAGCUGUUCAAAUUCAAGAAGAAGCUGCAAAGUUUGGUGCCCGUUCUUAUACUAGGAGUACCUGUGUGUAUGGUGGUGCUCCAAAGGGCCCACAAAUUCGUGAUCUGAAAAGAGGUGUUGAAAUUGUCAUUGCGACCCCUGGUCGGUUGAUUGAUAUGUUGGAAGCUCAACAUACAAACCUGCGAAGAGUAACAUACCUUGUUUUGGAUGAGGCUGAUAGGAUGUUAGACAUGGGCUUUGAGCCCCAGAUCAGGAAAAUUAUAUCUCAAAUCCGACCUGAUAGACAAACAUUGUAUUGGAGUGCCACCUGGCCAAAAGAAGUUGAAACACUAGCAAGACAGUUUCUGCGAAAUGCAUACAAGGUAAUCAUUGGUUCGGCCGAUCUAAAAGCAAAUCAAUCCAUAAAUCAAGUAAUCGAAGUUGUUACAGAUGUUCAGAAGUAUAACAGACUGGCGAAUCUGCUAAAAGAAGUGAUGGAUGGUAGUCGAAUUCUUAUAUUUACAGAGACAAAAAAGGGAUGUGACCAAAUCACAAGGCAAUUGAGAAUGGAUGGGUGGCCAGCAUUAUCCAUCCAUGGAGACAAAAAUCAGGCUGAAAGGGAUUGGGUUCUUUCUGAAUUCAAGAGUGGCAGAAGUCCUAUAAUGACUGCCACUGAUGUUGCUGCCCGUGGUCUUGAUGUGAAGGAUAUAAAAUGUGUCAUCAACUUCGAUUUCCCGACCAGUCUUGAAGAUUACAUUCACAGGAUAGGGAGGACAGGGCGUGCUGGCGCCAAAGGAACUGCCUUUACAUUUUUUACACAUGGAAAUGCAAAAUUUGCUAGGCAUCUUAUUAAGAUCUUGGCUGAAGCAGGGCAGGUUGUGCCCCCUGCAUUGUCUGAUAUGGCAAGAUCAGCCUCGCACGGAGGUUCAGGAGGGAACUUCAGAUCCAGAGGACGAGGAGGGGGAGGAGGUGGUUAUGGCAACAGGAUUUCGGGUUCCAAUGUAAUUCCUCUAGGAUCCAAGAGGCACUGGUAGUGAUUUUGAUGUAUCUAUGUAUGGGUAGGUGCGUUGAAACAGUAAUGUAUUCACUAGAGUUAGACUAUUGCUGCGAAUGUGUUUAUUCAUCCGAGUGUCGAAGCGCCAUGGAAAAUCAACGAUCCAUUACUAUUAGUAAUGUAAUGUAAGAACAGGCGAAUAGAAGCUUGCCGACAACUACUAUUUGGCUUAGCUAGCUCAUUGUUUACAAUGAUUGACUGGAAUUUUUGAAGUUCUUUUAAUCCCAUUUUGUUCUAUCCGUUUGAUGAUGAUUGUAAACGGAAGCAUAAAAGAAGUAAAUUGUC